AUGAUUGCGCAACACCUGACCUCCGGAUGCUUUCGCGAUGCAAACUGGGACCGGGGAAGCGGGACAGCAAGCAUCGAGGAUGAAAAAUCGGUGACAAUACUCGACGUUGUGCUUCGAGAUGCACUGGAUGUGGGAACCAGAGCGACCCCGGCCUCGAAGCUUACUUUUGUCUACCGUCAGGGAUACUCCAACGGCUGCAGGCACCCCCCCGGGCCACCUCGACAUGCAACGGUACAGUGCAUGGGAGGCUUGUCCUUGCCACCAGAUGGCCUCUCCGCUGAUUAUCACACCCCUGGGGGUCAAACCGACGUUCAUUACGCACGCUACCCUACCAUCUUAUCUCCUGGACAUGGGGACAUCCCGUUGAUCCGCUCGGCGUCCGCAUUGGGCUGCAAGCUUUCGCUCAAGGUUGCUGGAAGCGAACAGACUUCAAACAUGGACGUCUCCACCCAGCUCUAUGGCGUGUAA